AUUCUUUGAAAAUCCCGUUACCAUAUGAGAUCUUUUUUCGAUAACGAAAAAUUUCUAGAAGAGUGCUUGAGCCGCUGGAUUUGCCAGCACGAAUAUUAUUUCUUUUUCUCCCUGAGAAAUAUACUAUCUCGAUUUAUCUGUUCAUAUACGCCAGGCACUCGGCAUGUUCGCCGUCCCAGGCUGGUCGGUCUCGACCUCUGAUCUGAAGCCGCAGAAAGAAGCCUCCGCAGCCAAACCCCCAACAGCGACGGCGGCGGCUGAUGUAAAACACGCUCCGUAUAAUCAUGGAAAGGAGUCGCAGCAGAAGCCGAACAAGAGAAAGAGAGACCAGAAUGGAAAGAACGGCACGGUGACAAAGUCGAAUCUCAACGAGAUGUUCCGGCGUCAUAUCGAGGGCCAUACCGGGGAUAACAAUGCUCGCAAAAAGAAGAAGAAAAAUAAGGAGCAGAAGGGAGCUGAUGGCAUGAAGCCUGAGAAUAAGAAUAAUGGCGAGGAGGAGAAGAGCCAAGCCAAAGUUGAAGAAAGCCGGCCGAGCAAAAAGCAGAAAAAGAGCAUUAGACCCGAGAAAAAGAGUCAUGACAAGAGUUUGGAAGAUGCUACGACGACCGUAGCUAUCUCUGAAGCUGUUCAACCUACUCCGCCUCCUCCAGCACCACCUGCAGGCUCCAAACUCACACCCUUACAGCAGAAAAUGCGCGACAAGCUCAUGUCUGCUCGAUUCCGCCAUCUGAACGAGACGCUGUACACCACGCCAUCAGAAAAAGCCUUUGAGAUGUUUACGGCAAACCCGGAACUCUUUGCAGAAUACCAUGCUGGAUUUACCAGACAAGUGCAGGAAUCAUGGCCCUCGAAUCCGGUGGAUGGAUAUAUCGCCGCCGUUAAAAAACGUGGCGCAGUUCUAGCACAUAGACACUCAAACAAAUCAGGGCCAAACCAGCCUGCAGCUCUCCCCCGCAGACCAAAUGGCAUGUGCACAAUCAUUGAUUUGGGUUGUGGUGACGCCCAGCUUGCGCGUGCCCUGACCCCAUCGGCGAAGAAACUGCAGCUCAAACUUCUCAGCUACGAUCUCCACGCCCCAGACCCAUUGAUCACCAAAGCCGAUAUUGCGAAUCUGCCACUGGCAGAUGGGUCCGUCGAUAUUGCUGUCUUCUGCCUCAGUCUCAUGGGGACCAACUGGAUUUCGUUUGUCGAAGAAGCGUACCGUGUUCUCCGCGGUGAUGGGAAGGGUGAAUGCUGGGUGAGCGAGGUCAAGAGCCGAUUCGGCAGGGUAACUCGCAAAAAGGCGCAGAUUGGACUGAAGAAGCCAGAAAGUAAUACGCAGAAGAAGAAGAAUAAGAAAAAAAAGGCCGGCAAGGGAGGAGAAUCAGAGGAAGAGCUCGAUGAUGAAGAUGACAUCUACGCGGAAAAUGCCCAGCAGAACAACCAAUCCAACGCCAAUGACGAAACCGAUACCUCUGCAUUUGUGGAAGUGUUCAAGUCGAGAGGCUUCGUUCUCAAGCAAGAGUCUGUUGAGAAAUCAAACAAGAUGUUUAUCAAAAUGGAAUUUGUGAAGGCUGGUGGAGCGCCCACGAAGGGCAGGUAUGCUGGAGUGACGCCUUCGGGAAAGCCAACUGCGGUGCAGACCAAAAAGAAGUUCAUUGAUCGUGACGUGGAUGUCAAGGAGUUGACGGUGGAGGAAGAAGCGAAGGUGUUGAAGCCGUGUGUAUAUAAAAUCCGAUAGAUACAUAUCCGUCCACCAUAGAAUAUUCAAAGAUAAGCCGUGACAAUCUGUUAGAGUUAUAUUCUACAACCAUUAUAUUUAGAUAAAGUGGACAUCGGUCUAAUCGAACAGAUCAAUAUUGGAUGUAAAUAGUGCUUGUUGUUGUGUAAUGUUUCAUGACUACAAAUUCAUUUUCACUG